GGCGUUCGGCGGCGCUCGGUGGCGUUCGGCGGCGUUCGGCGGGCGCGCUCAUCCCGCUGAGGCGGCGGGCGCGGGGGGCGGGCGCUCGCUGCCUCAGUCGGUCGCUCGCUCGCCGCGUCCUUGGCUGCCGGCGGGCGAUGCGCUUCCUCCGCUGAACGCGCCGCGGGCCGAGCCGGCAGGAUGACGGUGGAGUUCGAGGAGUGCAUCAAGGACUCGCCCCGGUUCCGGGCAACCAUUGAUGAAGUGGAAACAGAUGUGGUGGAGAUAGAGGCAAAGCUUGACAAGCUGGUGAAGCUAUGCAGUGGGAUGAUUGAAGCAGGCAAAGCCUACAUCACCACCAACAAGCACUUUGUCACCGGAGUCCGGGACUUGUCACAGCAGUGCAAGAAGGAUGAAAUGAUUUCGGAGUGCCUCGACAAAUUUGGAGACAGCCUGCAGGAAAUGAUUAACUACCACAUGAUCCUGUUUGACCAGGCUCAGAGGUCGGUCCGGCAGCAGCUGCACAAUUUUGUCAAAGAUGAUGUCCGGAAGUUCAAGGAAACCAAGAAGCAGUUUGACAAGGUGCGGGAGGACAUGGAGAUUUCCCUGGUGAAGAAUGCCCAGGCACCUCGGCACAAGCCCCAUGAAGUGGAGGAAGCAACAGGCACCUUGACCAUAACCAGAAAGUGUUUCCGACAUCUGGCUCUAGACUAUGUGUUGCAGAUCAACGUCCUGCAGGCCAAGAAGAAGUUUGAGAUCCUGGAUGCGAUGCUGUCCUUCAUGCAUGCCCAGUACACCUUCUUCCAGCAGGGCUACAGUCUUCUCCAUGAACUGGAUCCCUACAUGAAGAAACUAGCCACAGAGCUGGACCAGCUGGUGAUUGAUUCUGCAGUGGAGAAGAGAGAGAUGGAGCACAAGCACGCACUGAUACAGCAGAGGACCCUCCUGCAGGACUUCUCCUAUGAUGACUCGAAGGUGGAGUUUAAUGUUGAUGCCCCAAAUGGAGUGGUGAUGGAAGGCUACCUCUUCAAGAGAGCUAGCAAUGCUUUCAAAACAUGGAAUCGGAGGUGGUUCUCCAUACAGAACAGUCAGCUGGUGUACCAGAAAAAGCUAAAGGAUGUCCUCACAGUCGUGGUGGAAGACCUGCGGCUCUGUACUGUCAAGCCAUGUGAAGACAUCGAGAGGAGGUUUUGCUUUGAGGUCGUCUCACCUACCAAGAGCUGCAUGCUGCAGGCUGACUCGGAGAAGCUGCGUCAGGCCUGGAUCCAGGCUGUGCAAGCGAGCAUCGCUUCUGCGUACCGGGAGAGUCCCGACAGCUACUAUAUUGAAAGACUGGACCGGACUGCUUCCCCAUCAACCAGCAGCAUUGAUUCUGCUACAGACUCCCGGGAGCGCAGUGUGAAAGGAGAAUCCAUCCUGCAGAGAGUGCAGAGCAUUCCUGGGAAUGACCAGUGCUGUGACUGUGGUCAGCCAGAUCCUCGCUGGGCCAGUAUCAACCUGGGCAUUCUGCUGUGCAUCGAGUGCUCCGGUAUCCACAGGAGUCUGGGUGUUCACUGCUCCAAGGUCCGAUCUCUCACACUGGACUCCUGGGAGCCAGAGUUACUGAAGCUGAUGUGCGAGCUGGGGAACAGCACCAUGAAUCAGAUUUAUGAGGCACAGUGUGAAGAGUUGGGACUUAAGAAACCAACAUCAGGGAGCUCCAGGCAGGACAAGGAAGCCUGGAUCAAGGUGAAGUAUGUGGAGAAGAAAUUCCUCAAGAAGCUGCCAAAUGGGGAGACUCUGACAGAGAACGAGCGGAAGCCUCGGCGCUGGUGUGUGAAGAAGUGCCAGAGGCACAACAGCACCACAAAAGCACCCACCGCUCGUAGGAAGUACCGCCACGACGCAGGCAAUGCAUCCCCAGCCAUGUUGUCCUCAGCAGCUACGCUGGAGAGGAAGUUCCGCCGAGAUUCCCUCUUCUGCCCUGACGAGCUGGACUCUCUCUUCUCCUACUUUGACACCGGUGCUGGCUCCGGCCCACGCAGUCUGAGCAGUGACAGUGGACUUGGAGGGAGCACAGACGGCAGCACUGAUAUCCUGGUGUUUGGCUCUGUGGUGGACAGCGUGACAGAGGAAGAGUGCGAGGUGUCAGAGGAGUCAAGCGGUGAAGCAGAGAUUGAGCAAGAAGCAUCAGAUUUGGAGGACCUGAGGGAGCUGCAUCCUGGCUUGUUGAUCUACAAGGCAGCACAAGCCCGAAACCUGCCUCUCAUGGCAGAAGCACUUGCAAAUGGGGCUGAGAUCAACUGGGUGAAUGAUGAAGAUGAAAACAAAACUCCUCUGAUUCAAGCUGUGAUGGGGGGCUCCUUGAUAGCCUGUGAAUUCCUGCUGCAGAAUGGGGCAGACGUUAACCAAAGAGAUAUCCGAGGCCGAGCUCCCUUGCAUCAUGCCACGUACCUGGGGCACACUGGUCAGGUCUGCUUGUUCCUCAAGCGAGGAGCAAAUCAACACGCAGUGGAUGGCGAUGGGCAGGACCCGCUCAGCAUUGCAGUCCAGGCAGCCAACGCAGACAUUGUCACCUUGCUGCGUCUGGCUCGGAUGAAUGAGGAAAUGCGAGAAGCAGAGGGGCCCUUUGGACAACCAGGUCAAUAUCCCAGCAACAGCCCUACUGAGCUGCAGUACAGGAAGUGUAUACAGGAGUUCAUCAGCCUUAAUAUAGAUGAGUGUUAGUGACAACUCCCCCACCUCCCCUUCGCUGUCUUGAAGUUGGGCUGAACUUCUAGAAGCCCUGAGAAGCCCCAUCCUUGGUAUCUUGGUGUUUCUUGCAGAUUGGUCUGUUUUUGAUGCCUGCACUUAUAGGUUGAGAUGCACACAGGAAGGAAAAGGGAUCUUUCCUGUUAGCGUUAAGUUCUCAUGCUUGACUACUGGAUGGUUGAUUUUGUAUAGGAGACUCCUAGGGCAUAACCACAGACCAUGGCACGUGGACUUGAGUGUGUGAAAAGUAUGGGAGGUGAGUUUAGCAUUUAAAAAGAAAACAAGAAAAGGAAACCCUCUGUCACCAGGAGGAACCCACCAACGAUACAAUCAGACCUGUCUCUGCUUCAGUGUGGUUGCCACGCACUGAGUUCUCAUCUGAACAGUUUGGGAGGGAUUCUGACGUGGAGCCCUCUGUCCUGGCAGCAUGACCAGCAGCCUGCUCACCCAUGGGACUGCUGCAGCAGCUUGUAAAGCUAAAAGAUGACCUCGAAGUCAGGACCAGGCUGUUUUGAGGGGCAGAGAGAUAUUUUGCUCCAGAAGGCACGACGGAAGGGGUAGGAUUGAGAGCGAUGGCUCCUCACCUCGAUUGCUCUCAGGACUAUACCAGCCACGCUCCCCUUAUUUUGCCCUUGGUGGUUAGCUGGUCAAAGCCAUAGCUCACCUGCUUCCAGGGCCAACCUGCAUAUAGUGUUAUGGAAGCAGCAGUGCUAAUUUGUUGAGGCUGGGAGAAGCUUGUCGCUGGCGAUGGGCUUUCUGUCAGGGAAGAGAAGCCACGUCCAACUCCCACUGCCCGAACGACUGGCUGCACGAUGCAAUUGGACUUUGGUUCAGUUUGUUUCCUGCUCACUUCAGAUUUCUGACUUAGCAUCUCUGUGAAGGAGACUUCUACUUGCAUGUGUAUCCAUCCCUCUGUGCUCUCCCCCCGCAUGCUGAAGCGUGUGAGAUGGGCAUCUCAGCAGCUGGCCCAGGGGCUUUUGACUUCCCCAAUUCCAGUGACCGGCAGAACCUUCUUCUUUUUGUUUCUCUCCUCGUAUUAUUCCUUGCUGGAGUGGGGGAAUGUGGUUUCACUUCGAGCACUUUGUUGCUGUGUUUGUGGUCUGCGUUAUGGGGAUCAUGCUGCAGUAGCUCUGCAGAGAUGCCGCAGCCAUGUAGUGCUGCCUCAGAGCACCAUGUACCACUGGCAGCUUAUCCUCUGGCUGGGAUUUUGGGUGCCAGGCUGAGGUGUGCCCCUGUAAGAGCCUCUGGGAAUGCCCUCAGCUGCAGUUGACAUCAGUUUUUCAGGGCUCGUGGCUGUCAGUCCACAACUGGUAUUUACCUGCUUGGGCUCCCAGGCUGCUGGCUCUGGGCUUGGGCCAUUGUGCCUUAUGGAUAGUGCUGGGAUCUUGAGGGGAUCAGGAUCUAGCAAGGAACGCAGGAAUACCAGGCAGAGUUCCCCAUCCUCCUGCAUUACAUCAGCAGUGAUACACAAUCAGAGUAUUUUUCAUCCAAUACAUGUUUGAGUCCUUUAUAUUGUUUUAUUCUGGCUGCUGUUGUGCUGUGCCCCUUAUAAACCUUCACGGGUCUGUUCUAUUGACGUGUGUCCUCAGAUACUGAAGCAACAGUGAUCCAGCUCCUCACUCGAGAUGCUGCCCUCAGACUGAACCAACAGCACCCAGUGUCCAUGCUCACAUCUAAAAGUGGAGCAUUAAACUCCACUUUAGUCUCUGGUAGGGUGUCCUCUCAGUUCAUGGGAGAGUCCCUUCUUCCUUAGGAAAGUGCUGUCCCAAGCAUUGCUGCAGCCAGAGCGCAGUUUUCCACCUGUGCAGUCUGGGUUUUGAAAUCCAUCUUUGCCUUGUUGCUUUCUCCUUGUUCCCUUUGGAAUGCACGGUGCUGAGCACCAAGUUCUGAUCUCAGUCCCAGUUGUGGAUCUGGAAUGCUCCCGGUGACCGUGCUGGAGCUGCUGCAGAUCAAUGGCAGUGCGAAAGCUGCCCCAGGGCCUUUUGUGCUUCCAUAAGUAACAAUCUCCUUCCAUCAGUCCUGGAAAAUAAAAACUAAUGAGCUUGGCCCCAUCAGCCUUUUCAUCAUUGACCUUUCGUGGCAUUUUCUCCUUCAGCCCACUCCUUCUGUCCGGGGGGCAGAGCUCUGCACACAGCAGUGCUGCUGCUGAACUGACUUGCAUGAACCUCCUGGUUCACAGCACACUCCUGGGUUAGAGAGGGAUGCAGGAUGCAAGUUUGCUUUCUCCCUCCUUAGUGGCUCAAUGCCUGAUCUGAAACUAUCCCAUAGCCUUUGACCAGGCAAUACUCCCUCUGAACUCUGGAGUAAAAGUUGGCAGAGCAGAUCCCUUGGUUAUAUUCACAUUCUGUUCAGCUGUGGCACCCUCAGGAGUGAUUCAGGAUGGGUGCAUGUGGGAUGAAGCAGUGUGGCAUAAAAUGCCACUUAAAAUGCAAUUCAGCUUCAGAGGAAAAGUAGGAUGUAUAAAUGCCUAGUUCAGAGGACAGCUUCUUUGUGAGUAGGGACAAUGUCCUGAUUGUAGCUCCCACAUGUGGCUCUGGAAUCCUGUCACCCAUCCCUGGCAGUGUUCAAGGCCAGGUUGGACACAGGGGCUUGGAGCAACCUGCUCUAGUGGAAGGUGUCCCUGCCCGUGGCAGGGGUUGGAGCUGGAGGAGCUUUAAGGUCCCUUCCAACCCAAACCGUUCUAUGAUCACUGAGUGCAGAGGGCUGGCCCCAGGCAUACAGCUGUGUAAGUGACACCAGAUGCAGGCAGAUGUGCACUGUGCAUAGCUGUUGCUGCAGUGCUGCUACAUGGUCUCCUUCAGUUUGUGUUUAAUAUGCCCUAGGUUAAAUAUCUUUCUUCCUGGUAUCCAUAUGAGGUACAGCUGGCAUUUCUUGUGCAGGAUUACAGAAGGUUACUGCUUCGUGUUCUCAUGGAGCUUCAUCCCUUGGUCCUUUGCAUUGGCCUUUGUCUUCUUUCUGGUCCAAAUCACCCUAAAUUCAAACGGGUGAUGCCUUCACUUGUCAUUGCCCCAUUUGACACCCUUCCCUUCCCAGUCAAGCCCACUUUGCAGCUGGUGCUGGUGUUGCUGUCAGUCUGGGUGGGCUCAGGAGCAAGUCUGUCGUGUUACAGAUCACCCUGCAGAGCUCACUGCUCUCUGCAGAGCUCAGCUGGUGCUGGAGGCUGUUGUCCAGCAGAAUGGGUUGUGGUGCUGAGCCUGCAGCAAUACAGCAAAGCCCUGAAGCUGCCUUCAGCAGGACUGUGCUGUGCUUAGGUCAUGCAGAUCACCCUGCAGCAUCCGGAUCAGCGCUUAGUGCUCAGUACUAACCAAUAUCCAGCCAAGAACCCGCUCUGCUUCCUGGGUCAGGGACUGAGAGAUUCUGUGGGAUGGAUCCUCUUUGAUAACCCUGUCCCAUUUCGUACCGAUCUGCACCAACUGAGGCUUUGUCAGUGCUGGUGUCCCCUCGAGCUGUGCCCUUUCCUGGGGCACUGAAUCAGAGCUGGCAUCUUUCAGGGUACUUCAGAGAGCUCAAAAGUGAAAUGGGUGUUUCACCACUGCCAUGGUCCUGCUCUCUUCAUGAGUUUCAGCACGGUCAUUGCCCAGCAAUGGCUGUUUUUUACAUGUACAGCAACUUCAACCACCCCCAUCGGUUUUCCAGCUUUUUAGGAGUUAGAAAUGACUGAUCCUUGCUGUAAGCCAGUGAGAACUGGAGCCACGGCUUCCCCUUUGGGUCAUUUGAUUUCACAGUCAGCACCAGUGGCUCAGGAGAACAAGACAAAAGUCCUGCCCGGUUGGGCCCACUGAAGCUCUGACUCACUGCUGAAGUACAUGAAGUCAAAGCAUAUGUAAAUACUGAUGCAAAAAGCAGUGUCUUGCAAGACAAUUUCUCUAUUUAACAUGUAUUGGUACUUUAUUUAGACUCAAUGUAUAAAGCAACUUUGUGCACUUUUCCUACAUACAGUAUUGGGGGGGGUGUUUAUGUUCUUUUUGUUAUGGGUUUUGUGCUGUCUUUUUUUUAAGCAGUGAACUUGUUUGUUAAGUGUUUAAUUUAUUCUUGAUGUGCCCAGAGGAUUAGUGCAAUUUUCUUCAAUACAGUUGGUCUGUAUUUAAUGUCAGGAUUUUUUUGUAGCAUUCUUAGGGAAUAUCCUUCAAAACCUGCCUUUUCCCCCCUCACACACACAAUUCCUUCCCUUUUCCUCCCCCCUUUUCGCUCCUGUUUCCAUUAUACACAUCAUAAAUGCCUCGAGUUCAAAAUACGAUCACUUUAACCCAUCCUGCAGUUUCUAAAGCAAAAAGGUUCUCCAGGAAAAAGGCACUUCUCAAUGUUCUCUGUGUUUCCUUGCUUUCUUUGGGUGGGUGCAUGUGUCUGUGUGUGUGUGCGUAGGGGUUUGGAGGGGAGAGUGGGGAAGCUGUACAGAGAGUUUCUUUUCAGCAAAGCAAAAGGCCAAGCAGGCUCCAGGGAAGGGCGGGCAUCAUCCACCUUCCUUUUUGCCGCCUUCAACUACAGCUGGGUUUGUGUUGUACAAUCUUGUUUGAGGUAUCGGAAGCCAAAACCCCUCUCUUUUCAUUCUUCCUUUUGUUUCAAAGAGCGCCUAUGUUAUCCAUCUGACUUGGUUGCAACCACAGUUAACAUGAGGAGAGUUGCCUUUGUCUAGAAAGCAACAUGCCAGGCAUUGCCAAAACACAAAUGGACCCAAACCAUCGCCUCAGCCAUGCGGAUUCUGUCACCUUUUGAGUUUUGGGGGUCUGGGUGAAUAGUUACAUCCCUGCCCUAGCUUUUGUUUGACUCGACCCAAACCCUGUACAACCAAGUGCCUGGACAAGGCAGUCUAGGGUUGAAUCUUUGGGGUCUGCCACAUGUCUCUGAUUCCAAAUGGGAUGAGUUCAGGUUGCUGGGAUGUGGAGAUGAUGCUCUCUGUGUUCCCUCUCCACACGUCACCCAGGGAAGCCUCAGGUUAUGUUAAUGCUGUUGUCUCUGAGAUGGUCUCUGCAGUGAGGAAUUCCUUUGAGCAGUCCAGAGGAAAACCAGGGAAUUGGCAGAAUUUGUCUAGAUUUGAGAAGCUGAGACCGUGCUCAGCAUCAAGGAGAUGAGGUGACAUCUCAGACCAGCCAAAAUGGCCAUUAUUUAUGCAAGAGGAAAAGCAGGACCUCCUAAAGAAAUGCACUGAUGAACUUACUGUCCAGUGGCCACAACACAGCCGGUGUCUAAUGCUGAGCUGCUGUGUUGGUCCUGUGCUGCUCGACUGUCCCUGAACCCACUUCUCACUGCCCGAGCAUUAUUGCUUUCAACCAAAGACAAAACAGGCUGAAGGGAUUCCGUGAGCUGAUGCCAAGUGUCUGUGUGAGUGCCCGUGUGUGUGAGAGCGUGUGGUGCUGUUCCGUGGAGAAGGGGCUGAGCAGGAGAGUUGGGAGCUCUGAAGAAACGAGGUUUUUCUGUGAGAUUCCAGAAUAUCGAGUGCUGUUUCCAUAGGAAUGGGAUUCACAUCCAACUGCCUGCUGGGUCCUCCUCAGCCUUGGAGGGAGUUUGGGCUGGGGUUACUGUAAACCCAGUGGGAAGACAGAGCCUUUGAAUGGUUAUGGGAGGGAAUGAGGGGUAGAGGUGGGAAUAAGAUAGUUUCCAAGGCAUGAGGAGGACCACGUGUGUUUGGUGCAGCACUGAGGAGGCUGAAGUAGGAGCAUUUGCUCCACAAACACCCCUUAGCACCAACUCACACUGAGGGCUGGGACGGGGCAUGUUCAGUUUGUACAUCCUUGUGCUCCCAUGGGUGACGUUGCCUUUGGGUUGUCAGCACACCUGUAACCUCAGUUGACUUGAAUCCACGGCAUCCCUCUAUAGCAGCACAUGGGUGUUAGUGUGGAUUCCCAGGGCUCAGUUGAUUUGAACCCAUUAUGCCCCUCUACCAGCACAUGGAUGUUAAGUGUGGAUUCCUCAUCUGGGAUCCACCUCUGUGAGAGCUGUGGCUGCUGAAUCACAGAAGUAAAGUCUUUCUUCCUAUAUGGUUACAUGGGUGAGAGCCUUUGAGCUGAGAAAGCCUCCUCCUGGCCAUGAAUCCCAACGCUUCCUAUUGAAACAGCCCCGAGAGAAGGAAGUUCUUUGGGCAGUGGCAGCUGCCCCGGGGGGUUGGCUGCACACUGGGUGCUGGGCUGCUGCGCAGGGGCUGCCGCGCUGUAAAUACGCUGUAACCUAUUAACCCCCUUCACUUGCCUGCUUUCAGUACGACUUUGUACCACGUUUUUUAAUGCCCCCUUUCCCCGCACAGCCCGUGCUGACUGUAACUCUGGAACCACAUACUCUGUAUGUUAUUAUCUUUGUACUAUUUUAAAACCAUUGCUGUUGUGUCUGCCUUUUUUCCCCCCUUCCCUUCUCUUCUAUUGUCUCUUGAAACACUCUUAAUAAAAAGCUAGAUAAACUCCUUCCCUCCUCCUUCUUUGGCUUCGUUUAUUUGUGUAGGGUUUCUUGCCCUGUUGCCUGUAUUAACUGGAUCUAGAAAACCAGCCCCUUUUAACCUGUUUUCCUUCUCUGCUUGAAUUUGCUGGCAGUGAAUAGACUGGAAUGGCACAUAAUGCUCUGCCUUCUUGUUUGGGUUUCUGUGAUGCUCUCUUGUGAGGCUGUGAUUUCAGGAUGCUUUGGGAGAAGGUUGGGGUAAAGGUGAGAGGCUCAGCUCACCCUCCCCUGCCCCAACCCACCCAUUCACGUUUCUUCAGAGCACCUGCAUCAGUCAGUGCUUGGUAUGUGAUGAGCAAUCCUGUAAAAGGAGACCUUGGAAUCUUCUGCACAUGGACCACCCUUUCCCACGUAUCUCAGUGCAAUCCUUCCCCUUGGUUUCUCUCACACUGUGUGUCUAUGGCAGAGAAAUAAAGGAAGAAGAAAA